UGAUAUUUUUUAUUUUAUUUCCAUUUGCGACUGGAGCCCUAUCUUUAUCUAAUGAGCCAAAAGACAUUCAAGUUUUCACGCCAAAAGGAAUAAUAAUGGGCAAGUCCGCUACGUACAAUGGCUCACCACUUCGAGAAUUCUUAGGAAUACCAUUUGCCCAACCACCAAUUGGAGACUUGCGGUUUAGAAAGCCUCUACCACUCUCGCCACAAUCAAACAUACUGUAUGCACAAACUAUGCCACCAGCGUGCCCUCAGUACGUACCUUAUGACUAUCCAUGGUAUGAUAACAUGCCUCUCAAGAGUGAAGAUUGCUUGUACUUAAAUAUUUGGGCUCCCAAGUCCGCAACUCAAGAGAAGAAAGCUGUUAUGUUCUGGAUAUAUGGUGGAGGAUUUACAUACGGCUCGAAUCGCAUAGUUGUAUACAAUGGAAAAGUAUUAGCUGCAGAAAAAGACGUAAUCGUUGUCAUACCCAAUUACCGUGUGGGAGUAUUAGGAUUUCUGACUUCCGAAUCCGAACUUGCUCCAGGAAAUAUGGGAUUGUAUGACAUUCUAGAAGCUCUGAAGUGGGUGAAUGAAAAUAUAGACUAUUUUGGAGGCAACAGGAAUCAAAUAACAAUUUUUGGUGAAAGUGCUGGUGCCAUUGCUGCUGGAUUGUUCUGUGUAUCGCCACUUACCAAAAAUCUCUUUCAACGAGUUAUCAUGGAAAGCCGAUCCCACGCCGAGUACUCUGAUGAGAACAAAAAGUCAAAUUUACGCUUGGGACAGCGUCUUGCAGAAGCUGUUGGAUGUGCAAAUAACAGAACUUCUCUUCAAAAAAAUCCAGAAGCAGUCGUUAACUGUCUGAAAAGAAUUGAAGCCGACCACUUAAACAGAAUUGUGAAUUCCUUCAACCCAACCAAUAUAACCUAUUUCAACUUCAUACAUGGCGAUGAUAUGUUUCCCACCAAUCCGAAGACUUCACUCAUCAACGGCAAUGUCCAUGACAUAAGCCUAUUCCUGGGCUUCAACCAAGACGAAGGAUCUGUUGACCUCGUUGCAUUGGACAAGAAUUACUUCGGCAUAUUUGGCGAGAAGAACCCGUUUCCCAACAAGACACUGGCUUCUAAAUAUGUCCUCGACGGACUCAAAGAGUUUUCCUAUCGUAACGAAGCUGUGGUACAUUACCUGGGAAGUUUAGGGGAAUACGAUUUCCAGGAUGUCCGAGAACAAGCUUACCAUGCUCUAGGAGAUUUCAGAAAAGCUUGUCCCAUGAUUUACUUCGGGAAUAGUGUUGCGAGGUCUGGGAAAGAUGUGUAUUUUUAUUACUUCAAUCACCGAUCUUCAGUUUCUGCUUUCGCUGAGUGGAUGGGUGUGAACCAUUUCAGUGAAAUACAGUUUGUUUUCGGACGUCCCUUAUCAAAUCCAGAAUAUUACACAGAUCAAGAAAGAGAGUUAAGCAGACAUAUGAUGACCUUAUGGACAAACUUUGCAAAAUAUGGGAACCCAUCAAUAAACACUGAAAAGUCAACUCCAAGUAGGCGCAACUACAUACAUCUCAAAACCAGUGAAUGGAAAUCCAGUUACUUGGAAAAUCAUGAAGAAAACUGCCAUUUCUACCAACCUUUUUUUGGAUAUCCAGACUAAAAUAUUUUGAUGGCUUUG